AUAUAAAAUUAAUAGCAUCCCAAAACAAUGCAUACCAACCAACACAUCAAUCUCUGACUAAAUAGGCUGUCUGACAACAUGGAGGCAAAUAAUGACAAAGAAUACAUCAUAAACCUCUUCUUACACCGUGUUAACCUAUUAUUAGAUUAAUAAGUUUUGUUGGUUUUAAGAGCAAAACGCGAUCUUUACACCAGCGGCAACCCAUUUUGGUCAGCGCUGCUUUCCGUAACUUUACGCCCUACGUCACACAACAAAUAUGGCGGCGCAGCGCUCCAGUAUGUUGGGAGAGAAAAGUUAAAACAAGCGUUAUUUAACGUUUUCUGAACGUAUACUGUCGCGUGUCUCUGGUUUAAUAGUUGUAGCAAACGUAAAGCCAUUUAUCGCCGUGAAAAUGGGCUUUGAGCGUUUGCUCUGCGGGGCACUGGACUGUUACUCCGGACAGUUUCGACUCGUUAACAUUCAGCUUAAAGUCAGAGUCUUUCAAAAUGCGUCGAUGUCCACGCAGAGUUCCCCGAGCACGUCAGACAUGGUUAACCGGUUUACAGCUGUAGCAGGUCUGUGCAGUAGGAUAUUUGUGCACACAAGCCGCCCCGGUGCCGCUCACAGACAGCUGCCUGGCCGCCGGAGCCUCUGCACCUGCCAGCCCUCCAGAGACGUCACCCUGUUCGAGCACGACAGGACCCGCUUCUUCCGGCUCCUCUCGCUCUUCUGCGGCGGCCAGUUUCUCUUCUGGACAUACCUGGCCCACUUCGCUUACACCGGUCUCAGAGACACAAAGGGCGCCGCAGAGAAAGGAAAAGCCAAGGCGACCACCACCACCACCACCACCGGGCUGGCUGGGAUGUGGAGUUUUGAGAUGAACCUGGGGUCAAACACCUGGAGGUACGGCUUCACGCUGGGAUGCCUGGCGAUAGGAGCAGGGAUGGUCGGCCUCGGGGUUCUGUUCUGCCGGCGCUCUGUCAGCCAGGUGGUUUUACACCAAGGUGGGAGGAUGGUGACAGUUUCCACACAGUCACCUUUGGGACCAGGCCGAGGACGGAGAAUAACAGUCCCGCUGUCCCAGGUGGCCUGUCAUGCUCACAGGCAGGAGUCCCCCUCAUUCAUCCCCCUCAGGGUCAAAGGACACAAGUUCUACUUUCUCCUGGACAAAGAGGGGACCCUGAACAACUCUCGGCUGUUUGAUAUCACUGUUGGGGCUUACCGGCCAGUUUAAGUUAUUACACCGUUGCCAAAACUGUUGGACACCAACACUGAUCCACAUGCAAUUUUACAUGGCUGCCAAAUAAAUAUGUCAGUUUCUGUUU